AUGGGCGGGAGGCGGGAGACAAUUCGCAAAAAGGUACGGGAGGCAGAAGAGGAGACUAAACAAAAGGCAACUUUUGAAAGUGAUUAUCGUUUUGAUGCUGGUUAUACAAAGCCAAUUGUUACGAUAAAUGAAAAAGAUGAUUUUGUGAAAUGUAUUGCUCUUCAUUAUACUUUGCUUGUUUCCCUAAGUGAGCUUAAUCAAUUUAUCGAUGGGCUUAGUACCUGCAAUGUGCUAAACCUUAUUAAAGUAGACCCGGAUAGUUUCAGAGGUUUAUUUGAAGUGGGGCAUGCAGAGCUCACUGCUGAAGAUGUUGAUGCUAUCUUUGACCCUGUUUUCAGUCCAACUGGCAGCAACAAAUAUGCAAUUGAACAGAGCAUAAUUUUCAAUUUCAACCAGUAUCUUGAGGAUGCAGAAAGCGGCAAGGUGAUUGGUCAACUGGAAGAUAGAGAAGUUAAAAUAUCUCUUAGUGAUAUUUUUCAAUUUGCAACUGGUGCGCGACAUAUUCCUGCUGUUGGCUUUUCUCCUCGUCCUACCAUAGUGUUCCUUCAUCACUUACAUAUGGCAAGAAAGAUAAGCACAAAUUCAUGUGCUAACAUUCUUAAGUUCCCAGUAAGUGGUCUAAAUGAUGGGAAAAAAUUUUCUGAAGAGUUCACGUUUUGUCUGCUGAACUCGCCUGGGUUCCAAUUAGUUUAGAGUAUAUUUAGGGCGCAUUAUGCAUCGUGAUAAUGAUACA